AGAUUCGUAAUUUUCACUUAAUAAAUAAGGAUAAUGAGAUAGAAUCACGAUUUGGCUUGUAACUUUAAAAAUUUUAGAUUAACGAUAGUUACUGUGUUUGCAACAUUUUUAUCAACCUUCUUUUUUGGUCCAAUCUAUGCAAAGGUAACUCUUCAACAGCAGAAUGGAAUGGAGAGAGCCAAUUAAAACAGAAACUAGUAUUGGAAAAGAAAAGGAAAAGGAGUGAAAUAAAAUAAAAUGAAGGGAUGGUAAUUGGAUAACGGACGUUAUCCAAGGUAAGGCAUCCUCAAUGCGGUUGAGCAUGACUGCUCCACAUCAGCAGCAUGAUCAGCCACGUGGCCAAGUUCAGCCUAUCCAAAUGUUGUAUCAGAUUGCAGCAUCUUUCCCUUCUCACGCAGACCAAUCAGAGAUCACAAGCAACGGCAAUCCCAGUUGGCAAGCCCACAUCCACCAGAAUAAGCUUUUAGUUGGGAGUAUCCGUGCAUCAACUUCUCCCUCCCAUAGUCCCCAUUUCUCGUCAUCAUAUCAGUAUCUGGACGGGGUAUCAAAUCUCAGGGCACGGUCAAAUGGCUUCUCUUGCAGCCUCCACUGCUGCUGCCUCUCUGGGCGUCUCUGAAAUGCUCGGAAACCCUCUGAACUUCACCAGCUCUUCAAGGUGCGCUCCUUCUCCUUCUAACACCGCCAGUUUCAAGACUGUUGCCCUUUUCUCGAAGAAGAAAGCUGCUGCAAAGCCCAAGCCUGCGGCCGACUCUUCAUUGGACGACGAGCUCGCCAAGUGGUAUGGACCUGACAGAAGAAUUUUCCUGCCCGAGGGGCUCUUAGACAGAUCAGAAAUCCCCGAGUACUUGACAGGAGAAGUUCCUGGAGAUUACGGAUAUGAUCCUUUUGGCCUCAGCAAGAAGCCAGAAAACUUUGCCAAAUAUCAAGCAUAUGAGCUUAUUCACGGCCGCUGGGCCAUGCUUGGUGCUGCUGGCUUUGUUAUCCCUGAAGCCUUAAACAAAUUUGGGGCCAAUUGCGGCCCUGAAGCUGUUUGGUUCAAGACUGGGGCUCUACUCCUCGACGGCAACACAUUGAAUUACUUUGGAAAGAACAUUCCCAUUAAUCUUGCAUUUGCUGUCAUUUUUGAGGUUGUUCUUGUCGGUGGUGCUGAGUACUACAGAAUAACCAAUGCACUGGAUCUAGAGGACAAGCUUCACCCAGGGGGUCCUUUCGAUCCAUUGGGACUUGCCAAGGACCCUGACCAGUUUGCCCUCCUAAAGGUGAAAGAGAUCAAGAACGGUAGACUGGCCAUGUUUGCAAUGCUUGGUUUCUUCAUCCAAGCUUAUGUCACUGGACAGGGUCCCGUUGAAAACCUUGCAGCUCAUUUAAGCGAUCCCUUCGGUAAUAAUUUGCUCACUGUCAUAGCCGGAACUGCUGAAAGAGCUCCGACCCUGUAAUUCCUUCUUUUGAUUUGUCGUUCUAAUCGUCCGCGAACAGAAAAUCUAUGAAAUGUACAAUUUGAUGGGACAUUACAAGGCAGUCAGCCAUUUUCGAACCCUGUAAUUGGAAACCAUUUUUCAGUUUAUACGGCGUGCAAUCCUUGCUCCUUGGUCUA